AUGGCGCGCAACGAUCCUGCUAUACAAGACGACACGCCGAACAACAGCAGCACUCAAAUGCAACCUAUAUCUGCUUCGGCUGUGUCUACUCACCCUGCCGUCACCUCAAUCCAGUUGCCGCACCUGGGUGACUUCAUCAACAAGCUGGUUGAUGACGCCUACAGGUUUCAGAACCUGAGUGUUGAACUUGAUCAGACCAAGGAGAAGUUGCGCGAGGCGGAGAAUAAGAUUGCUGAGCUAGCGAUCGACAACCAAACCAUACACGAAGAUUUGAAAAACGUCAGAGAGCUUCUCGGCGUUGCCAGGGAUGACGAAAGUUCUGCCAAGAUCCAGCUGAGGGUUCACGAGGACGCAGUGGAGUGCCUCAAGGCUACUUUGAGAGGCAUGGAUUCUGCUUUGCGAAAAAUGGGCACGGCUUUGAAGGGAUCCAUUCCCAGAUCAAAGAUCGCGAACUACAGAUCCAUCCUCGACAAGAUUCACCAAUGCCACAUGGAGAACACUCUUGCUGUCAGUUCCAUCCUCACGUAUGACAGAGAGAGGCGCAACAACCCUAAAAUCAACGAGCAGGUUAACAAGCUGAACGAAGCAACUAGUGAUAUCACUUCCCACUUCAACGCCCUGUAUGACGCUCUUGAGUCCGAUCUCACGGAAGCCAGCAUCUCCAACGUUUAG